GUUUCUUGCCCUUGCACACUGCAUCGAUGCCACGCAUGCGCACGUGGUGGAGCAGCGGAAGUAGCCGGCUACGUGCCUGUUCGCGAUGAUGAAAACUUCUUUGGAGCCAAGGAUUGUUAGCCCAAGAAAACGUCUACCGCAUGUUUCCCUAACACACUUCGUCUUCUUGUAUCUUAACAGCAGUUAUGGUUAUCAUUCACACGCUUGUAGAAUGCCACUCAAGACUUGUCUAGGCACUUGUCUACAGAAUGUAGAUGUCAGUGGCUCUCCUGGAUAAUUGAUUCAAGCAUUAUGGCAUCCGCGAUGGAGGAAUCUGCGCCACAACGGCGCAGCGUCGAAGGAGUCGAUGGAUGCGGGCCAUCCUUGGCUAGCCUGCAAGAGCCUGCUGUAGACGCAAAUGCGAAUCCAGCGGUGGCACCGUCUACGUGUCCAAGUGGUAGAGGAACGCGAACAAGUGCAGGACACUCACUGUUAAACUGGUCGCCGGCUCAAGCACCGGUGACAAUUUCCCAGUCUCUGCUGAACUCGGCAAUAUUGAAAAGCGCAACGACCAAGGCGAUCAGCUCCACUUUGAUUGUGUCGCCGGACGUUGUAGGAGCGGGUGGACUUUCUUCCCAACAACUGGCUUCGUCCUUGUUGGGCAAUGGGAACUAUGUUAUUCAGUCGGGUGGGGCGCCGGCACAAUUUGUAGGUGUGACAAGUGGUACUGCAGCAGCUGGCUCGGGCAAUGUGCUGCAGGAGUCUCCGGCCUUAUUUGGUGGAGGCAACUACAAUACGGGGAAUCAAAAGAGAAACUCACUUACUUCGGGGAACAGUUUGCUGGAUGCUUCUCCGCGUGCGCAGUUUUGGGCGAAGACAUUCUCAGAGAACUUCAAGAAAAAAAAAGCAGCCCGGCUAACCAAAGGGGUCGCGGGAAACAGUGCAGUGACCAAGACGGAGUCACGCAACAGUGGGAACGAAACAGCAGCUAGUACAAAACCAGCUGAGCGAUCAGGAGAAGGAAGGCAAGACCCAGCGACGGUUUCUCGACGUACUGAGUUCUUCAUUCAUUACUACUUACUUACCUUCGGCUUCGUGUACUAGUACUAGAUACAGUAUUAUUUUUAUCUUUGUUUUACUGGUAAUACAACUUGAAAGAGUUGUUCUUUGUUGGUGCAGACAAAAGUAGAUCCGUACAUGUAUUCAGGGCCUUUAUGAUCUACAACUUGGCAAUCAUGUAUUUGCAAGACGAAUCCAACCGGCCCCACCCCAAAUAGUCGCUGCCUACCGACGCAGUACUACGUUUCAUGCGACAGAGUUGGAUAGAUUGCGCACCAGAGACGAUGGCUGCGUACAGAAAAAUGAUAAUGCCUUGAAGAAGCAUGCUAGCAUGGAGGAUGAAGUUUGGGACCCUUUCGACAAUUCCGAUAGUGACAGUGACGACCGGUACUACAUCGCAUCGAGUUUUGGAUUGUCAAACAUGCAAGUAUGUAGCUACACUAACAUUGAAAACUGAGUUGAAGGCAAACAUGCCAUUAAGUCAAAUCUCUACCUCAGGCGCGAGACCCUCGCGGAAAUUUUGGGUGACCUGCGGUGGGAAGGCGAUCAGUUCAAUAUAAAGGAGAAGCUGCCGCGAUUAUUGCCGGAUCAGAAUUUGAAUCUGGUUAACACUUUUGAUUUCCGCGGAUCUAUCUGUCGCAUGCGUCGUCUUCAAAAUUCGCCUAAGUCAGAUCGGCGACUGCGACAAAAGAUUGUGGCGCGCCUCGAACGACACUGGCUCGAGAGGAGGCGACAGCAAAGGUACAGGGAGUGUGCUAAUGAGUCCACAAUUUUGACGUUGAGUGAUGGCGUAUUCUUAGUUUAGAAUAUGCUUGGCAAAUGAUGACCAUGUUGAUUUGAACCAAGAUGCUCAAAAGGAUUGAGACAAAUUGACAACAGCGACUUACUCCUACUACUACAGACGGGAUGUUAUCGAGCGCAAACGCAGAGCAGAGGAAGUCGGCUUGAACAAAAUCGUGCCCAAGGCGACUACCGAUACUGGGCACCAGGAUAAUCCUCAGGCCCGAUCUUCUUCUCCUGCAAAUGGUACCGGAGCCCUAGCCCUUUCUUCUAGUACAAGUCAUGGUGGGACUACUAGCACUACUGGAGCGAGCAGCGAACAAGACGACGACGAAGGCCAAACAAAACACCCGUACAUGGAUCCGCCUUCGCCGACAACGACUGAGCCUGGCCUUGAGAUCGAGCUGCACGCACCAGAUUUGUUAGAUGAUGAUAUUUUCCAGCAGUUGUUACAUGGCGGAAAGCAAAGCAAAAAAUCUAUUCUGCAGACAAGGGUUGACACGGCACUGGAUCAAUUCGAGCGACGGCCUAGCCGUGCUGUCCAGCGCGGCCAAACCGGGCUGGUAAUGGCCCCUCCGACAGAGAGAAUCUCAGCUCGCAAAAGGCCGCCGAGGAGCUAUGUGAAGGACCAUAGGAUGUGGUGGCAGAAUCUCCCUUUUGAUAUGCUACCGAAAGAACAUCGCAGAGAAGAGAGGAUACGACGAAGGCGUCUUGAACGCGGCAAAAUCGCUCUUGACACGUUUCUUACCUCAUCGACCGCAGCGCGGGCCAGCGCACUGCCUGCCACGUAGAUUUUAAUCAAGAAAACGUAACAAGAAUCUAGUACUCGGUCGUGUAAUUUAUUUUUUAUUGCAGAUGACACUUCACAAAGGGCACGUACUUGUUACAUCAAUGCCGAUCUUCACGUCCUUACAAUCAAAACAUAGUAGUCGCAACAAGGGUCCGUUCGAUGUCCUGCCUGAUGUAUAGAAAAUCGAGCUGCUCAAAUGUAUGCUAGUGCUACUUGAAUUCGGAACACCAAUUGAUACAUACUCGUUUUUAUUUGGUCCCACCAGUGCUGCAUAGUUACCCCACUAAAAGUAACAGACAGUGAAACCAAUAGUAUGGAAUGCAUCACAAUGCUCCAUGUAUAACCGAGCAUCCUCUAGUUAUAUCACUGUCAAUCAAAACUACCUUCUGAGAAUAUCCACUUGAACCGUAUGGAGAAAUCUUAAUAUCUUAACAGAAGUGCGCAUUAAAUCUAACGACUUUAUGGCUAUGAGUGACCGGCACUCUUUGAAGAAACAAAGUCAAAUAGAAAUAAGGAGAUACAACCGAAGCGCUUCUUCAUCAAAUGAAGCAAAAAUCGAAAGUAGUAGC